ACACACACACACACAUACACACACACACACACACACAGAGCUUCGCUCAUCCGGCCCCCUUUGCCAAUGCACCACCUCUCCUCGUCCAUGGAGGUCUAGGCGGGGAGCUCCGUGCGGGAGCAGCGAUGGACGGCACCAUCAAGGAGGCACUUUCCGUGGUGAGCGAGGACCAGUCCAUAUUCGACCCCUCCUACGGCCCUCCCCACCUCAUGAAGACAGAGGUGCCCCCUGCCGAGGAGUACAACGGCAAGGAGAGGCCGGCGCUGGGGGAGCCGGAUUGGUCCAGUCAGACCAGCAGGGGGCACACUGUGAAGAGGGAGAAUGAGAAUGUCAACUGCUCCAGACAGUCCCCCGUGGACUGCAGUGUAUCCAGACGCAGCAAAUCCGGGAGCGACCCACACCCCAUCCCCUACUCAGCCAGCUACAGCGACCAGCGGAGCAGCCCCCCAGCCAACCCCCCCAGCGAGGAGAAGAGGGUUAUCGUCCCAGCGGACCCUGGCGUGUGGACCCAGGACCACGUGCGCCAGUGGCUGGACUGGGCGGUGAAGGAGUACGGGCUGGAGGAGGUGGACGUGGGACUGUUCCAGCACGUGGAUGGCAAGGAGCUGUGCAAGAUGGGCAAGGAGGAUUUCCUGCGCCUCACCUCGCCCUACAACGCCGACGUGCUGCUGUCUCACCUGGCCUACCUGCGGCAGAGCAGCCCGACCUUCACCUACCCGGCUGCCCCAACUGUGACCCCCCAGCCCCCCGCACCCCCACCACGCGUGCAAGUGAAAACAGAGUCCCCCUAUGAGGAAAUCAGGCGAAGCAGCUGGAGCGGCUCCCUCAGCGGAGGCCCCAAAGGUACCAUCAUGGGGGUGUCUCAGACGCCCCCCAAAACUAACCCCCCCCAACUCCCUUUUCACCCCCCAGAUCCAUACCAGGUCCUGGGACCCACCAGCAGCCGCUUGGCAAACCCAGGCAGUGGCCAGAUCCAACUGUGGCAGUUCCUGCUGGAGCUGCUGUCGGACAGCAGCAACGCCGGGUGCAUCACGUGGGAGGGCACCAACGGGGAGUUCAAGAUGACGGACCCGGACGAGGUGGCGCGGCGCUGGGGCGAGCGCAAGAGCAAGCCCAACAUGAACUACGACAAGCUGAGCCGGGCCCUGCGCUACUACUAUGACAAGAGCAUCAUGACCAAGGUGCACGGUAAACGUUACGCCUACAAAUUCGACUUCCAGGGCAUCAGCCAGGCCCAGCAGAACCACCCGGGCGAGGGGCCCCUCUACAAGUACCACCCGGCCGACAUGUCCUAUCUGCCCUCCUACCACCAGCAGAAGGUGGGCUUCGGCCUCAGCCACGCCGCCCAGCUGCCCGUCUCCUCCGCCGGCUUCUUCGGGGCCCCCUCACCCUACUGGAACGCCAGCUCCGGGAACCUCUACCAGAGCUCGCCCGUGCCCCGGCCCACCGCCGGCCACCUGAACUCCUUCUACUAGCCACGGGGGGCGCCCGGCCUGCCACCGGCCACCUGAACUCCUUCUACUAGCCACGGGGGGCGCCCGGCCCGCCGCCGGCCACCUGAACUCCUUCUACUAGCCACGGGGGGUGCCCAGCCCGCCGCUGGCCACCUGAACUCCUUCUACUAGCCACUGAGGGUGCCCGACCUGCUGGCGGCCACCUGAACUCCUUCUACUAGCCAUGGGGGGGUACUUGGCCCGCCACUGGCCACCUGAACUCCUUUUACUAGCCAUGGGGGGCGCCUGGCCCGCUGCUGGCCACCUGAACUCCUUCUGCUAGCCAUGGGGGGUGCUUGGCCCGCCGCUGGCCACCUGAACUCCUUCUACUAGCCAUGGGGGGUGCUUGGCCCGCUGCUGGCCACCUGAACUCCUUCCACUAGCCAUGGGGGGCGCCUGGCCUGCCGGCAGCCACCUGAACUCCUUCUACUAGCCAUGGGGGGCGCCUGGCCCGCUGCUGGCCACCUGAACUCCUUCUGCUAGCCACGGGGGGCGCUUGGCCCGCUGCUGGCCACCUGAACUCCUCCUGCUAGCCACAGGGGGUGCCCGGCCUCCUGGCGGCCACCUGAACUCCUUCUACUAGCCAUGGGGGGUGCUUGGCCUGCCGGCGGCCACCUAAACUCCUUCUGCUAGCCAAAAGGGUACUCCAGCCUGCCAGCGGCAACCUGAACUCUGUCUACUAGCUACGGGGAGGAAGGGGGUGCCAUGGCGCAUGGGGGCUCCCUAAAUGCCUACUAGCCACAGGUGGGGUCCCCCCAAACAUGGAUAGCCACGUGGGAUCCUUCUGCUGCCUGUCCCCAGCCCUGUUGCAGCCUCCCGCCCAACCAGUGCCUGGAAAGACCUCCCCCUUCCCUUCCCUCCCCUGCCCCGAUAGUGGGGUGCCCCCCGACACCUGAGGGUUUUGGGGGGCCAGGGGCUCCCCACUGUGGCUGGACUCCUCCUGCUCUGGACUGGGCAGGGCCCUGGGGGACAGCCCGUAGGGUGCAGGGUUUUUUAAAUGAGGGAUUAACCUGCAGUUGUCCCUCCCAGCAGGCAGAACAUCCCCCGCCCCCAGUCCUGCCUUGAGCAGGUGCCUCCUCUCCCAGCGUGGCUCCCACAACAGGUGCUCGUUAAACACUGUGGGACGCCUGUUGGGGGGCGGGGCUGGCUGGCUGAGAACACCUUUUGGGUGAAGCGACUGGCUGUCGAGCGUGGACAUCUGUCAGGAGUGGAGGCUGGUUGUUGUCUUUGGUCACAGCAGGGGAAGCCCGUUGAGUGUGGAUGCCUGUUGGAACUGGCGCUAGCUGUUACCUCUAGACACUAGGGGGCGCCUGUUGUGUGGGGGCUAUGGAGGGGUGGAAACCGGCUAUUGCCUCUGGAUAUGCAGGGCUGGAUCAGGAAUCCCAGCCAGGUGCCUGCCCCAUUCAUCCCCUCAUCCCAACCUCCCCCCUGUAGGCAGGACCCAUGGUAGCAGCCCCCCACCCUGGGGGAACGGGGUGCGGAUACGCUGUAGCGCCGCUGCUGUGUGGGGGAUUGUAUCCGUGACACCCCACCCCCCAGCUCCAUGGGGCUGACAGCGACUGUAAUAUGCCUCCUCCCUCACCCCAUGUAUUAAAGGUUGUGUUGUUA